CGUGGUGACGACAUUCGCCAGCGACGGCACCGGUCCGGAGGUUCAGCGGGGCGGCCCCUCACCGGUGUGAUUCUACUGCAGCUCCUCGUGUGUGUCCUCUGAUCCGAGAACAACCGGGAAAGCGGCGAAAUGACGGACCGCUACACCAUCCACAGCCAGCUGGAGCAUCUGCAGUCCAAGUACAUCGGCACGGGCCACGCCGACACCACCAAGUGGGAGUGGCUAGUGAACCAGCACCGCGACUCCUACUGCUCCUACAUGGGCCACUUCGACCUUCUCAACUACUUCGCCAUCGCGGAGAAUGAGAGCAAAGCACGAGUCCGCUUCAACUUGAUGGAGAAGAUGCUGCAGCCUUGCGGACCGCCAGCCGACAAGCCCGAGGAGAACUGAGACCCUCGCCUUGGCACCACGGUGCGGGAGCACGUCCCUCCCUGCGUUCUACCCGUUUGCCGUCUUUUCCCGCGUGCUCCUGCCCCAAGUGGACCGAUUAUCCCUGAAUCCUGCCCCUCGAGCUUCCUUUGUACAGAAGUGCUUACCCGGGGCAUCUCGCCUGACCUGCCUUCGUGUUGACGCUUCGGAACACAGCCCUGGGAGACCGUCGAGAUCCCUGAGAACUGUGACCGUGGAGAUCCUACAGCCAGCCGGGGCUAGGGGAGUGAGCCCUGGCGUGAGACGGAAUUUGGACGCUCGUUUUUGCCUAGUUGAUUGUCGUUGUUGCAUUUACCAUAAAGUUUAGAAAAUGUUCA